AUGUUCGCCAUGAAGCAGCAGGACCCCGACUCGAGGGAGCAAGCAUGCAUGCUGUGUCGCCGGGCAGAGGCUGACCCAGAUAUCUGUGGGUACAAAACAACAAAGAAAGGGCUCUGUGCCCACACCUAUUGCCUGUUUCUUGCCAGCGGGCGUUUUCCGCAAGAGCGCAGGAACAGGUUUCUUGUUGAGGACACCAGACGCGCAAUCCAGGAGGCAGCCCAGAAGCAGUGCCCACAGCCCAGUGGCGUGGGGCCAGCCACGCAUGCCCGGAGCCUACUGCUGAUGGGUCCGCUGUGCUCUUUCCAGCGCUGCUUCGUUUGCGGCGAGAUGGGAGCCACCAUCACCUGCCGGGAGAAGGGGUGCGACCGCAGCUUCCAUCUCCCCUGCGCCUCAGAGGGCGAGUGUGUCACCCAGUUCUUCGGGCUGUACAGGUCCUUCUGCUGGAAGCACCGCCCAAAGCAGGCAGUGCAGGCCACUCCAGAGCACAGCAGCACCUGCGUCAUCUGCUUGGACCCUGUGGAGGACAAAAAGUCCUACCGCACCAUGGUGUGCCCAGCAUGCCAACAUGCCUGGUUCCACCGGAGCUGCAUCCAGAAGCAGGCUAUCCAUGCUGGCAUCUGCUUCCGCUGCUUGCAUUGCCAAGACAAAGAUCUUUUUGUGAUGGAAAUGCUCACCAUGGGGAUUCGAGUCUCCAAGAGACAACCAUCAUGGGAGAGCGACCAAGCCUUUGGACUGGUAUAUCAGAGGCACAUCCGCUGCAGUGCCCGCAAGUGCCUUUGCCCGAGAGGCAGGGAGCAGGCAGAGGAAGAGGGGUCCUGGCAACUGCUCCUGUGCAGCUCUUGUGCUGCCGAAGGCAUCCACCGGUGCUGCUCCUACUUGUGGAAUGGCACAACCACCUGGGAGUGUGAUUGCUGUGCUGGCCUGGGCACUGGUAAGAGGCAAAGCACCCGGGCCCCUGCGCUGGGGCCAGGGGCCAGGCUAGGCCUGGUAGGGGGGGCUUAGGGUGGGCUUGGCUCCAGGAGGGCUGUGGGCACCACGAUGGCCUCUCCUGCCCGGAGCUGGGUGGCUGUGCUGCUGACCUUCCUGCCUCCCCUCACAGCCUCCAGUGACAAUUCAGAGCUUGCCAGCUGCAGCACCGCCAGCCAGGCGGCAGCAGGGCUUUCCCACAGCUCCCUGGUGUAUGAGAGCAGCAGGCCCAGCACCAUCACCCAGGCACCCUGGGGCCAUCCCACAGGUCCCCAGUGCCUGAAAGCAGCAGCCGCUCCAGCCACCCUGGGCCAGACCGGAUCCGACACCGCUCACGGUUACAACGUCGAGCGCAAAAGCCGUACAGCCGGCCUGGAAAACACCGUGGGACCAGCUGUGUGCCAGCCCCAAGUGCUGAGCCCAGAAGCCCCAGCACUGCCGAGCAGGUGA